AUGGAAGUUUUAGGUGACCAGAAUUGGUUUAGACUAGCGAGCACAAUGGAAGUUUUAGGUGACCAGAAUUGGUUUAGACUAGCGAGCACAAUGGUAGAUUUAGGUGACCAGAAUUGGUUUAGACUAGCGAGCACAAUGGAAGUUUUAGGUGACCAGAAUUGUUAUAAACUAGCGAGCACAAUGGAAGUUUUAGGUGACCAGAAUUGUUAUAAACUAGCUAGCACAAUGGAAGUUUUCUGUGACCAGAAUUGUUAUAAACUAGCGAGCACAAUGGAAGUUUUAGGUGACCAGAAUUGUUAUAAACUAGCUAGCACAAUGGAAGUUUUCUGUGACCAGAAUUGUUAUAAACUAGCGAGCACAAUGGAAGUUUUAGGUGACCAGAAUUGUUAUAAACUAGCUAGCACAAUGUUUAGACUAGCGAGCACAAUGGAAGUUUUAGGUGACUAG